CGACUUCACGAUAUACAUUGCCAUCUAUUGCUAUCUCACAUCUUAUCUACAUAUAUUGGACGAUUAUUACGAAUUCUUAUGAGUCUCAACUUUUACGAUAUCUGCCUCCUUCUCGAGGGAAUCGAGAAAAUCCAAAGUGAUCGAGCGCCAUCAAAAAGCGCAGAAAAGGAUGUGGAAGCCAGGACUGCCGUGAAGGUCUCACAAUGGUUCAAGAACAGUCGAGGAACACUGGAUCAUCCUGGAAUGAAUGGAGCGGCUCUCAUGUCGAUUAUAUUUCCACAUCGAAGGAAGGAUCGUGUAUACGGCUUACAACCUCCGCUAUUGGCGAAGAAACUCAUCAAACUCCUCAACUUGGACUAUGGCCGAAAAGCUCUAUUCGAGAGAUGGUCCACCGAUCCUCGCGGGGAUAUAGGCCACCAUCUGGAAAUCGCAAUGAGAUCGUGGAAUGGGACGUUUACCACAAAGCGACAAUUUCCCAUCGACCGGAUUGACGCUUUGUUGACCCAAAUGGCAGCACAGUAUCGGUUCUCGGAUCCGUCAAUUCGGCGACAACGCAAUCAAGAAAUGAAUACAGACGAGGAGCUCUCGUACAUCCUCAAGCGUCUGGAUUCGUGGGAGUCGAAGUGGCUUGUUCGAUUGCUGCUCAGAGAAUAUUCGACCAUCACUGUUGAUGAAGACCAUUUUUUUAAGAAUCACCACUUUCUGCUCCCGGAUCUACUCAAAUUCCAAAACGACUUCGACGCUGCUUUUGAUACGCUGAAGGGGGACUUUGGCUGUUUCCCUUCGGUCCCGCCGAUUCGACAUGUCAAGUCAAUGCGUACUCAGGCGGCCAGCAAACUGAAAGCUACGGUUGGUGUCAAAGUCUCCCGGCCUAUGUUUCACAAAGCAUGGUCUUUCAAGCACUGCUUACAGUUGGUUGGUGACCGUGCUUGGGCUGCGGAAGUCAAAUAUGAUGGUGAAUACUGCGAGAUACAUGUCAAUUUGGAUCAGGGCCACACCGAGGAUGAAAUCCAGAUCUUUUCCAAGAAUGGUAAAGAUGCAACAGCUGAUCGCGGAGCUUUACAUGAUACCAUUCGCAACUCAUUGCGUAUAGGGGAACCAGAUUGCCUUUUCCAGCGGAAAUGUAUCGUCCUAGGUGAAAUGGUACUUUACAGUGAUAGGGAUCAGCGUAUACUGCCAUUCUCUAAGAUCCGGAAACAUGUCAGCCGCUCUGGAACCUUUAUUGGUACCCUUCAGGAUUCCGCACCUCACGCCUGGGAGCAUCUGAUGAUUGUCUUCUUCGAUGUUCUGAUGGUUGAUGAUAAGCCAAUUAUACGGAAGGAUCUUCAAGAGCGGCGUAAUAUUCUACGCACCUUGGUACGACCCAUACCAGGCCGCUCCCAACGAUCUCAAUGGACGUUACUGGACUUCAAAACAGAACAUGGGAUCACUGAUUUGAAGCAAGCAUUUGCGCGAACUCUUGCCGAAAAACAAGAAGGGCUUGUGUUGAAACCGCUCCAUACACCAUACUUGCCCUUGUUCGUCGAGAAUAGUUCGGGGAAUCCGAAUUACUUCAUCAAGAUGAAGAAGGAUUACCUCGCGGACAUGGGAGGGGAACGCGAUCUUGGUGAUUUCGCUGUGAUUGGUGCACGCUUCGACCCUCAAGUGGCUGCUAAGUCAGACUUGAGCCCCUUACACUGGACUCAUUACUAUCUCGGAUGUCUGAACAACGAACCUGCUGUGCAAAGGUACGGCGCGAAACCCAAGUUCAAGGUAGUGGCAUGCCUGAGCCUCGACAAGUGUAUUCCUAGGACCGAGUUGAAAUACCUCAAUACUCAUGGAUAUUUCCGUAAGGCAGACCUAGUGAAGAAUGGUAGGUCCAUUGAGGCUUUCGAUGUGAGCCAUGGGAGGGGGUAUGAGCGGCGUAUGACUGUGGCAUUCAAGAAACCUUUUGUUGCGGAGAUUCUGGGCGGUGGAUACGAGACAGUACAGAACGACACUUUCGAAAUGCUCCGACAUCCUCGAAUCCGCAAAGUUCAUCAUGAUCGGACGUGGGAAGACGCCGUAACAAUGCUGGAUCUAAAACGGAUGGCCGAGGACAAGUGGGAUGUUCCAGACGCAAACGCGUUGGAUGGACAUGCAAAAGAUGUUGCUGUUCUGUCGAAGAGGUACCAUCGCGAAUUACAUCCAGAAGACGAUUUUGACUCGGAGUACGAAACCAGCCAGGAAACGACCCAGCGCACAACACAGCGCACUCAAGAAUCAGAAGAGAGUCCGCGUAAAGCCAUUCAAGCCGCUCAAGUUCAGAAGACGCAUCACUUUGCAGACGAAGAUAUACCGACUUCGGAUUACGAGACUGCGCCAGAAACCAUUCGGGAAACCAUACCACACUGCAGCCAGCAGACCACGCAAGAUGAUUUUGAGCUCGCGUCUUCACAAUGUGUUACCCGGGGGUCGGUCGUGCCCGAGACUCAGGAGACCACAGUUACCAAUCCCGUGUCUACCGUCUCAUCUCAGUUCACGAGCAGCAGCACUCAAGUUGCCGGAAUCCGGGCUUCGGGUGAGCUCCGUAGCAUCUCCGUCCACAAGGACAUCACUAAGACAGUCGAGUGCCGCAUUGCUUGUCCCGUGCACUCAUCGACAGGCCAAAAGCGCAACUCCGUGGAUGAGCCUGUCUCUCCGCCCAUGUCCAAGCGUGUGGCUAGAUCAACAAGAUACCCGUUGCAGCGAUCCACGGGGAACAAGAAGACACUGGGGACUUUCCAGUUCGAUUCUCAGGAAGGCGUGUUGAGGAUGUUCGUGAAUGGUGAUAUCAAAGUUGUGAUUCACAACGAGGUUCAGGAAUAG